UUCCCAUUUAUAAGGGGGAAGCGAAAGAGGCCAGAAAGAAUGGCGAGGAUGGCAUAGUCACAUAAUGGUCUCUGUUGCAACCCUUUCUAUUAUUAAGUUUCUGGCUACUUCCGCCAUCAACAUGGGUUCUCCCUUGUCAGAAGCCAAGGGUUUGGUUUUAUGUGCGCUUUCCAUGGUGGCUUGGUCGUGCUUGUCGCUAGCUGCUCAAGCGAGCGAUUUCAACAAGGACUUUGACAUCAAUUGGGGCCGUGGACGUGCCAGGAUACUCGACUCCGGGCAGCUCCUCACGCUCUCCCUCGACAAGGACUCCGGUUCCGGCUUCCAAUCCAAGAACCAGUACUUGUUCGGGAAAAUCGAUAUGCAAAUUAAGCUAGUCCCAGGAAAUUCGGCCGGCACCGUCACCUCCUACUAUUUGAAAUCGGAUGAGACAUCGUGGGAUGAAAUAGACUUCGAGUUCUUGGGGAAUUUGAGCGGCGACCCUUAUGUGAUGCACACCAAUGUGUUCACCCAAGGCAAAGGUGACCGAGAGCAACAGUUCUACCUUUGGUUCAAUCCCACCGCUGAUUUCCACACCUACACGGUCCUUUGGAAUCCUCAUACCACCAUAUUUUCCGUGGACAACACGCCCGUCAGGGAGUUCAGGAACCUGGAGUCGAAGGGCGUGGCCUUCCCGAAGAGCCAGCCGAUGAGACUCCACUCCACGCUGUGGAACGCCGACGACUGGGCCACGAGGGGCGGCCUCGUGAAGACGGAUUGGACCCAAGCCCCGUUCAAGGCCUCCUACCAGAGCUUCAGCGCAGAGGCCUGCGUUUGGGUCUCCGGGUCGUCGUCCUGCGGCCCGAUGGGCCAGCCGGCGUGGUUCACGGCGAAGAUGGACGCAGGUGGGCAAGCAAAAAUGAAGUCGGUGCAAAGGGAUUACAUGAUCUAUAACUACUGCACCGACACCAAACGCUUCCCUAGUGGAUUUGCUCCUGAGUGUGCUAUCAUGUGAAAAGCUCUAUGUCGUGUCAUAUCAUAUGCGCGGCGUUGUACAGUAUACGAGAAUAAUGGCGACCCAAAAGAGAUGCGCUGAUUUCGGAAGUGUGGCACUUAAUAUGUGUUCGGUGUAUUUUGUGA